AUGGGUUUCGUCAAUGCACUGAAGCCCAUUCAACUUGCCAGAACAGACCAAGUCGAUAAGGCCUUGCGGAAACUAGCCUUGUCGUCGUUCAGUCGCGUUUUUCGGCUUGUCCUUCCGGCGACCAUUGCCACCAUCAUCUCGUGGUUUCUUUGCAAUUUGGACCUGUAUUCCAUGUCAGCACAGAGCGAUGCAUACUGGUUGUACACCAACACUCCCGAGCCCAGCCCUACCUGGCCGCAAGCAGUCCUGGACCUACUCGGGGCUCUGUGGGCGACUUGGAUUUACGGCGACGAAAAUGAAUAUGAUCAACCGCAAUGGGCUCUGAUAUACCUACUCCAAGGGAGUAUUAUGAUUAUCAGCGCUUUAUUGCUGGUGGUAACCAUGACUCCUACCUGGCGCACAGUCACUUUGCUUUUCCUUGCGUAUUGGUCUCUGAACUGGAGUCAGUUGAUUGGUGAUCCCUGGACAGGUCUCUGCUGCUUUCUGGGUAUUGCCCUGAGCGAACUCAGUCUCUCGGAUAUACCCAAGAGAUUGGCUCCUUACUCGCCUUACAUUUCACCGCCUGUCAUUUUGGUUUCUCUGGUCUUCAUGUCGUACCCUAGUUCUUUUGCUGAAGCUGCAUCCUGGUCGGCAUGGCUCCGUGAUUUCGCCACACAAUAUUUCCCCUCGGAAGCGACAAGCGCUCUUGAACGAAUGUACGGCUCUCUGGGAGGAGUUCUUCUUGUUUUUGGUAUUCUCAUCUCCCCUCACGCCCGUUGGAUGUUGAGCCGACCACCUCUUCUGUGGCUUGGGAAGGUCAGCUUUGCAAUUUACCUCAUCCACGGCAUGUUUCUGAGGACCGUCUUCGCGUGGGCAUUGCACCUUGGCCAAGCGAAACAGCUAGUAACCGACCACGCCCCAGAUGGCGAAGAGUAUCAGAUGGAGCGAUACCCGUUGCCGGGAAGUUUUCGGCGAGCCCUGGCGACUGUCGUCAUGGCUGCCUGUGUCGGUGUGGCCAGCCACUUCUGGAACUUGAAGCUGGAACCACUCUUUGCCAAAAUCACCGCCAAGUUGGAGGGAGUCGUGACGGGAAAGGUCGAGACAGGGCCCAAGUCCAACGGAGCCACCAUCCUUCCGUUGCGAAAAGACUGA